AUGAAGUUCUUAACAGUUCUUGCGCUGAUCGUUCUCUGCGCAGCUGCGGCUCAAGCUGGCUCGAGUCGUCCGCAGCUGGUGCGUCUGCAUCAGGUGACCCGGCGGGAGUACAACGAGCUGCUCCGGCUCGCCCAGGGCAAGGAGGAGGUAUCGGAGGCCCGUUUGCUCAGCAGCUCGAUUGCUGGCAUCAAGGGAUUGGCGUCUGGCUUCGCCGCUGGCAACUUCAUUCCCGCUAUCUUCAGUUCCGGUUCCAGGGAUCAGCCCAAGAAGGGACGUCCACUCUGCGUGAUCUCCACCAAUGACCUGGACCAGGAUCAGGACCGGCGCUUGGGUCGUGUGGUGAGCAUUGAGUAUGAGCCCAACUCCGACUCCAGCUCCAGCUCCAGCUCCGGAUCGGGAUCAAGCAGUGGAAGUGGCAGUGGAAGUGGUCAUGGAAGCAGUGGUCAUGGCAGUGGUCAUGGCAGUGGUAGUGGAAGUGGCAGCGAUGACGACGACGAUGAUGUGACCACUGUCAACUGCAUCCUUGUGGUCAACGGCACCGACACCACCACAACCACCACCACCACCACAACUACGCCAAAACCAGGACACGGACAUGGACAUGGGCACGGACAUGGUAGCGGACACGGUAGCGCACCAGGUGGCUAUUACCCACCUCCUCCUCCGUACUAUUCUCCCUACUAUGGCUACCCACCGUACUACCCACCCUACCCCUACCCAGCACCACCACCACCACCAACACACAAGCCAUCGCAUUCCAGCGGAGACAAGCGAUCGGUGGAUGACGAGGAGGAGGCGGGUCGUCUGAUCGAUGCCUACAACGGAUUCUACUACCAGCCAGAGGGCUUCAACCCGCGGAGUGGCAAGUAUUCGAAGGUCAGCCAGGAUACGUCGGCCUAUCAGCCAGCCAGCUAUCCGCAGCAGGAGUAUGCCAACACCUAUCCCAAAGUGGUGCGCAACUACGGACUGACCCAUCCUGCUCCUGUCUACGUGCGAUCGCCACAAUUCGAUCAGGAACAUUAG